CAUGUGCACGAUUCUGGCUGGGAGCGAGUAGGAAAGGCUUGGUGGGAAGGUGGGGAGUGGGCAGGCAGGGGCCCCAGGGCAUCAGUCGGCCGUGGCCAGGCGGAGGCAGUGUCCCAGGCGUCAUCUGCCUCCAUCUCGGCUUCUGGUCUCUCCCUUCCCAGUGGGACCCGGGCUUCUGAUACCCAUCUGGGUGGGCCCUUCCUGCCAGCCGGAGGGACCGGCCGUGCCAGAAGCGCGCAAACAAGUAUCAGGACACAAGACUGUGGGUGGGGAUAAGGAGCCGAGCUGCCAGCAGGGAGCUAGGGCAGAGGCCGGGAGCCUCGGGGAGAGAGAGCUCCCAAGAGGAUCUCAGAGCGAGCUGGGCCUUUCCUCAGUCCCACCCACCUCCCAGCCCUCCGCCCAGCCGCCCAGCAGCCUGGCUCUGCCCGGACCACCCUCACCUCCCCUAGGUCGGCUGCUGCGGUCGGAGCUGCUGGGUGACUUCCUCCCUCCCUCCCAUCAUGGCCGUGUACCGCGUGUGUGUGACCACAGGACCCUACCUGAUGGCUGGCACACUGGACAACAUCUCUGUCACACUGGUGGGCACAUGUGGAGAGAGCCCCAAGCAGCUGCUGGAUCGUAUGGGCAGGGACUUUGCCCCUGGAACCGUGCGGAAGUACAAGGUGUGCUGCUCAGCAGACCUGGGUGAGCUCCUGCUGCUGCGUCUACACAAGGAGCGCUAUGCUUUCUUCUCGAAAGACUCCUGGUACUGCAGCCGCAUCUGUGUCACUGCCCCUGAUGGCACGGUUUCCCACUUCCCCUGCUACCAGUGGAUUGAGGGCUACUGCACCACAGAGCUUCGACCAGGAACAGCAAAAACUAUUUGUCAGGACACCCUUCCCCUCCUUUUGGAUCACAGGAAACGUGAACUCCAGGCCCGACAGGAAUGCUACCGCUGGAAAAUCUAUUCCCCUGGCUUCCCACGCAUGGUGGAUGUCAGCAGCUUUGAGGAAAUGGAGUCAGACAAGAAAUAUGCCUUGACCAAGAUGACACCUUGUGCCAAGAUGACACCUUACACAGACCAGGGUGAGAGCAGCGGGAAUCGGUACCUGCCUGGCUUCCCCAUGAAAGUUGACAUCCCAUCUCUGCUGCACAUGGAGCCCAACAUCCGCUACUCGACCACCAAGACGGCCUCACUGCUCUUCAAUGCCAUCCCUGCGUCCUUGGGCAUGAAGCUUCGAGGGCUGCUGGAUCGCAAGCGUUCCUGGAAGAAGCUGGAUGACAUCCGGAAUAUCUUCUGGUGCCACAAGACCUUCACUUCAGAGUAUGUCACAGAGCACUGGUGUGAGGACCACUUCUUUGGGUACCAGUACCUGAAUGGCGUCAAUCCUGUCAUGCUUCAUUGCCUCUCCAGCUUGCCCAGCAAGCUGCCUGUCACCAAUGACAUGAUGGCCCCCUUGCUGGGACCAGACACCUGUCUGCAGACAGAGCUAGAGAGAAGGAACAUCUUUCUUGCCGACUACUGGAUCCUGGCUGAUGCUCCGGUCCACUGCCUAAACGGCCGCCAGCAGUACGUGGCCGCUCCGCUCUGCCUGUUGUGGCUCAACCCCCAGGGGUCGCUGAUGCCCUUGGCCAUCCAGCUCAGCCAGACCCCCGGGCCGGAGAGCCCCAUCUUCCUGCCCACUGACUGCGAUUGGGACUGGCUGCUGGCCAAGACGUGGGUGCGCAACGCUGAGUUCCUAGUGCAUGAGAACAACACACACUUUUUGUGCACGCAUUUGCUGUGCGAGGCCUUUGCCAUGGCCACGCUGCGUCAGCUGCCCCUCUGCCAUCCCAUCUACAAGCUGCUGCUCCCCCACACUCGCUACACGCUGCAAGUGAACACCAUCGCACGGGCCACGCUGCUCAACCCCGAGGGCCUGGUGGACAAGGUCACGUCCAUUGGGAGGCAAGGCCUCCUCUACCUCAUGAGCACCGGCCUGGCCCACUUCACCUACACCAAUUUCUGCCUCCCGGACAGCCUGCGGGCCCGCGGUGUCCUGGCCAUCCCCAACUACCACUACCGAGACGACGGCCUCAAAAUCUGGGGCGCCAUCGAGAGCUUUGUCUUGGAAAUCAUCGGCUACUAUUAUCCUAGUGACAUGUCUGUGCAGCAGGACUCGGAGCUGCAGGCCUGGGUUGGCGAGAUUUUUGCUCAGGCAUUCUUGGGCCGGGAAAACUCAGGCUUCCCUAGCCGGCUGUGCACCUCAGGAGAGCUAGUGAAGUUCCUCACUGCAAUCAUCUUCAACUGCUCUGCCCAGCACGCUGCUGUCAACAGCGGACAGCAUGACUUUGGGGCCUGGAUGCCCAAUGCUCCAUCAUCCAUGAGGAAACCUCCACCCCAGACCAAGGGGACCACCACCCUGAAGAGUUACCUAGACACCCUCCCAGAAGUGAACACCACCUGUAACAACCUUCUUCUUUUCUGGUUGGUCAGCCAAGAGCCCAAGGACCAGAGGCCCCUGGGCACCUACCCAGAUGAGCACUUCACAGAGGAAGCCCCGCGGCAGAGCAUCGCUGCUUUCCAGAGCCGCCUGGCCCAGAUCUCGAGGGACAUCCGGGAGCGGAACCAGAGCUUGGCACUGCCCUACGCCUACCUGGACCCUCCCCUCAUAGAGAACAGUGUCUCCAUCUAACCCUUCUCCUGCCAUCCUGGAAGAAAGGUCUAAGCAUGAGCAGGGUCAGCUUUUCAGAAUCCUCAGGGCGCUUCUGUCCUCCCUGUUAUCAUCAGACUGAAUCUUCUCCUCUGCUUAUGGGGACCUGGUCCUGCCAAGAUGGCUCUAGCAUCACCUGAAUUGGGCCCUGAGCUGUGAGGGGUCAGCACGACAAUAUCCAGGGUGAGAAGCUGCGGGCUAAAGUCAAACGCACAACAGGCUUCUCCAAAAGGAAGGAACCCCCACCCCUUGCACUACUUUGAGAAGCCUCCUGUUCCACUCUCCUGUAGGGAUCUACAUCCUCCCAUUGGGCUCCCCAUCUUGGGCCCCUGAGCUCUCAUUGCUAGCCCUCCUGCACCCUAAGGCUCCCUUCUCCUACCUUGUCUCUUUUUUCCUCCUUUUCACCAAGCCUGGGAUCAAGCAAUCCAGCUUCGUUCUCUGGAAUAGCCUGGAGAGGGGACAAGGAAGGGAUCUAUGCUCUGCAUCUGACAUAUGGUCCCCUUUGACCCCAGCAUUUUUAAGGAAAAGGGAGGAAUUGGAGUCCAGCUCACCUGGACCCCUAGCUGUGGUUUUUGAGGACCAGACUCCUUGGCUUGGGAGUGUGUGGGGGAGCCUUGCCCUAGCUCUUAUCCUAUCCCCACUCUCAUUCCAAUUUUUUUUUGUCCUUGAGCCCAGUGAGGUCAAUAAAAACCAACAUGCUUGGCUCCCAUUUCAUUUUUAUGUUUGGAUAUGUGUGUGUGUGUGUGUGUUUGUCGGUAUGUGGCGCUAGGGGGUUGAGGAAGUAGGGAGCCACAAUGAGUCCACAGAUCAUCUGUUCUGGAGACAGGAAGCUUCUCAGCCCAACCCAUCACACGGCCAAGCCCUGUAUUCCUACCUUCAAUUCCCAGGGUGUGUCAUCAGGGGGUUGAAAAGAUAUCUUGACUCCACGACUGAUAGGAAAAAAGUAGGCACUGCUGAGCUUCACAGUCCAGCUUCUAGGUACGGUAGUUGUUAGCAUUCACAUUGAAAUCUCCUUUCUUUCUGCACAAUAAAAGACAACCUCUGGCCCUCCUGUAGCUGGGUAGGGCCACGAGAGUACUUUUAGCUAUUAAGUUAUAAGCAGAAGUAAUGCGGGUCAUCACCAGGCUGGAGCAUUUAAUCCCUGAUGUGAUAUGAGACACUUCUAAGUUCUCUCUUCUGCUAUUGUGGAAGCACUGUGGAGACUUCAUCAGCUUGUGUCUCCCAGUGACUAUGGGCAGAGUUCCCUGCUGACCUGAGCUGGACUUGGAGCUGAACAAGAAAUAAACUUUCAUUGGGUUAAGCAUUGAAAUGAUGGGACUGUUUGUUACUGCAGCAUAAGCUAGCCUAUUCUGACUAAUAAAGAUGGUAAUCUGGUGAGUCUGAUUUUCACCCAUCCAGCCAAACCACCCUUAAAAAUAGAGACUUGUGCAGCCCUCAGGUCAGGUCAUCCACGGCAACCUUUGUGGUUGCCUGCUUCCCUAGACCUCCACUAGAUUCAGCCCACCUUACCACCUCUGCCUCCUGAGUCAAGUUCUGUAGCUGACCAAACACCACCA